CUAUCCACUUGGUAAGUUAGUACGAUAACGCCGUUCGAUCUGCCUUCACGAAUUCGUCCAUCGCCCCGUCGUCAUUUCGUGCCAUGAAUCAUGGAGAGGUUCGAGCUAGCUAAUAUCAUUGCACGAAUGCCAGAGAUUUCGCGCCACCUCGCACUCGAAGACGCUCAGACAAAAAAGCGGUUGACGUACCUAGCAGCGGGAGUUGGCGUUUGCCUAGUGGCCUAUAAGUUGCAUCUGAGGAAGAGGUGGUUUGCCUGGCUCUUCAAUGCAGGCACGGGCGCCAGAUUCGAAAAGUACGACAACAUGAAGAGGGAAUUCUUCAAGCCCCUGUCCGACAUGGCGUCCCAUGACCCUGAGUUGAGGGAGGAGAACUCUAUCAAGAUCUUGGAGGUGGGCGUCGGGUCAGGCACCAACUUCGAAUUUUUCCCCGAUGGCUGCCACCUGGUGGCCGUGGAUCCCAACCCAUUUUUCGGAAAAUACUACGACCAGAAUCGAUCCAAGUUCCCCAACAUCAAGUCGACGGAAAUCAUUGUUGCGAAAGGGGAGAAUAUGGACGAAGUCAAGAACGACAGUGUAGACGCUGUGGUGAUGACACUAGUCCUAUGCUCCGUUUCAGACGUGCACCAAAUCAUCCGACAAGUCAGGAGGGUGCUCGCUCCAGGAGGCAAAUUCUACUUCAUAGAACACGUCAAAGAGUGGGACUCCAAAAACCACUGGUUGCGACGGCGUCUCCAGCAGUUCCUGACCUUCACGGGAUUCUGGCCGCUGGUAUUCGACGGGUGUCGUCUCGACAGUGACCCCAUGCCCGUCAUGAGGGCACUGGGCGGGUUCUCCGAGGUCAAACACGAGUACUUCUACGCCCCGGUCCCUGGGGGCGUGGCUAAGCUGGUCGAGUCGCACCUGAGGGGCGUGGCCACGAAGUGAUUGCUAUACCCAGCGGUUUGGCUGACCAGUACAAGGCGUCGCAAAGCCACGGGUCAAUGCUGCUUUCGGGUCAAUGUUUUUUAUUAUAUACUUUUUUGUUACUUGGUGAAUAAAGGAAUUUUUAC